GAUCAGCAUCAGCACCGAAGGGUCCGAGGACUCUUUGUCGCCCCCCACGGAGGCGAAGACCAAGCCGACCAACAAGGCAGGCGCCAAGUUGGCCGACGGGGCGGACGCCGGCGCGUCCUCGUGUGAUGAGAAGUACGAGCCGACGAAGGUGGAGAAG